AUGAUGCCAAGAAUCCUAACAAUUGCUGUAAUUGCUGCAGGUUUGUCGCCCACAGAGGGAUUCACUCUCAACAGCCAGAUUCACUCUCCACGUUUGCACGAUUCAAGCCUUCAAGCGAUCGGAGCUCUUGCAAAAAAGGCGAAAGAAGCAACUCUUCGCCAAUAUAUCGCCGAUGGAAUCGAUAAGGAUGUCAUGGAAAAGUAUGACACCAUUAAGGAAGCAUUUGAAAAAGAAGAUGAAGCGGACGAUACGAAGAUGGGUCCUCUUCAAGAAAGGCUUACGAAACGAAAGGGGACAGUCACAGUCAUAGCCGAGUACAAGCGAAAGCUUGCUGACUCGGGUUACAUCAACGAUGUUUUUGAACCUGCAAUCAUGUCUGGAGAAUUUAGAGAGUUCGGUGCCUCUGGAAUAGCUGUAAUGGCCGACGAGCGUAUGGGAGGCUGCACUUAUGACGACUUGGGCAUAUUUGUCGAGGAUCAACGUCGGUCGAGAAAUUCUGUUCCUGGUCCUGUUACAAUUAUCAAUAGUGAUCUAAUCAUUGAUGAGUUGCAAAUUGCACAAUCAGCAUCCUGUGGAGUCGGCGCUGUCGUCCUAAUUUUGGGAAUUAUUGGAACUGAAGAUACCGCGAAACUUCUGAAAGCAGCUAAGUCGGUUGGAUUGGAGGUUAUAGUCGCUGUCAAUACCCAUGAAGAAGCCCAAAAGGCCGUUAAUAUCGGUGCGAAAAUGAUUAGUGUUGUCAAUGUGGAAGGGGUGGACGAGAAGCAAAGAGUCAUCGAAAAUCUAUGUGUUCCCGAAGGACGAACUGUAACAACUAUUGCUAAUAUUCUCCACAGAGGCAACAAAGGUCUGGAGGAAGUCGAAGAGGCUUGGGCAUGUAGAGAUAAAGGUUUCAACUGUGUCUGGGUCUCUGAUGCACUCUACAAAGCCGGGAAUUCGGCAGUUGAGCAUCCUGGAGCACUCAUCAAAAGUAUGACAUCCAAGAGUUCACUUCGAUGGGCGUCGCCGAUGGCAAGAAGUGGACGUGGAGAGGGAGCUCGUGAAUAUCUUGGAGAUAUUCUCAUGUAG